CCUGUCAUAUAGACAGUUAAAUACUGUGCAGUGUUGUAGUGACUGCUGGAUUUAUAAUGAAUUUCAAUAAAAUAAUUCGAUAAAUAACCCCUAUUUUGUAAUUUAUCGUUCUUUCAUCUGAUAGAAAUGGCAGAAAGUAAAUCUAUCUUACACGAACUAUAUGUGUUUUCCGAAUGGAAACCAGAACCGGAAUAUUUGCAAAAACACGACAGCAUUUUACCGGAAAAUAUAUCAGCGCUUUGGCGAUGGUUUAAAUUUUUUGGGCCUAAAAAAAGUCUUAUUGAUAGUGUUACAGCACAUAAGGAGAAGCAACAGAAGUGGCACAUUGCUCUUGGUGAUGAAGGGAAAGUGAUAGCAGUGCUUACCGACAAUAUCUUAGAAAUCAGAACUAAGCGGUCGGAAUAUGCCACUAUCGCAGCUAGAACUACAGUUAGUCGUGAUGCAUACGCGCAAUGGCGCAAGCUGGUGUGGAGUCCGGACUGCUCAUUCUUGGUGCUUGCUUAUGGCAACGGAAUAGUUAGCUUUUUCGACCUCACUGCCUCUAAUCUCUUCAAUAUUCCAGCUGAUUGCUCAAGACCGGGCGGGCUGGAGUGUACAGAUAAUACUCAUGCUGUGUCUGACAUCAUAUUUAUGCCGCUAAGGGUCAAGGAUACCAAAUGGAACUGCGAGGUGCUGGUGGUGACGUUCGACGGGCGGCUGCGCGGGUACGUGGUGUCGCAGACGGAGGGCUUCAAGCUGCGGCACAGCUUCCGCUUCCCCGCCGGCGUGGCCGCGCUCGCCUACUGCCCGCCGCACGACGCGCUCUACGUCGCCGGCGUGCCCAGGAAUACUAAGGAUACGUCUCCACUGAGCGCGGGAGUGACGGCGUGGCGCAUCCUGAACGAGGAGCCCUUCUACAAGCUGUCCGUGGUGUCCGACCACCUGGAGACGCAGCUCAACAACGAGAGAUUCAACCUAUACAUACCUUUCAUCACCUCCAAGAAUAUGAACUUCGUGGUGCGUAUGGAGGUGUCUAGUGACAGCAGCAAGCUGGUGUGCGUGCACUGCAACGGCGAGGUGUCAGUAUGGCGGCUGCCACUGCUGCGGCUGCUGCAGCGUUGGCCGCUGGCACGCCAGCCGCACCACCGCCUGCGCAGCCCCCUGCAGCCCCCGCAAGCACCCCACACCCCGCACACCAAGCACAACGACCCCGCCCUCUACUACCCCGCUGAUGUCAACUGGUGGACCAAUGAGGAAUUAAUACUAUCGCGGUUCAGCGGCGCGGUGAGCGUGUGCGGCAUUGAGGACAUGGAUAACAUUCUCGGCAAGCAGCCGGAAUUCUUCCAGGGCACGCCGCGGGUGACGCGCGCUCACGAUGGCGCGUUUAUGGUGCUGGAGUGUGAGUCUAACGUGCUGCCCGCAAAGAAGUCCUCCAGCGAUGAAACUAUGGAGGUUGUCAAAGUGGAGGAGGAGGUGGAUGAGUCGAUGCUGGAGCUGACCAAGGAGUUAUUCAAGACGGUGCUGUUCGCCAUCACCGACAUGGAGACUUUCCAGCCCAAGCCCAAGAAGAUCACCGUCGUCUCCCGCGUCUACAGGCUGCUCGGAGUCAAGAGUACCACGCCUACUGAACUGUUUUCCAGAAAGAUCGAGAGUGGCAACUACACAGAGGCGCUGUCCUUGGCGGAGCAGUUCGGUCUGGACAGCGACCUGGUGUACCAGCAGCAGUGGAGGAAGAACCCUGUCUCUACUGACGCCAUCGACAACUACCUGAGCAAAGUGUCCAAGAAGAUCUGGGCGGUGCACCAGUGCGUGGACCGGCUGCCGGAGACGCUGCUCGCCGCCAACGACCUGCUGCGCUUCGGACUGCGCCUCACCAACGACAGGAUACUAGACGAAAUCAACAAAGAUCGUGGCGAGAAGUUGACGGACCCGGAGGACAUAACGCUGGAGGAUCUGAACUCGUACACCAGCGAGCUGCUGCGCUGCCGGCACGUGAUGCUCUUCUACAAGGAGAGGCUGCGACUCUAUGAGUCAAUAAUGAAAUGCGAGAAAUCGACGUACAACAAAGAGGAGUACGACUGCCUGCGUAGCAACAGUGUAGUGCACAGCGCGGUGGAGAUGGCGAAGGAGGGCCGCGUCGAGGCGCUCACCUGUCUGUGGCCGCACAUCCGCUCCGUGCACAUGCAGAUGGCGGUGCUGGACAAGCUGCCCGAGACCAUCAACCCGCUCGACUUCCAGCACAUCCUGCCCACCCCGAAACCGCUGCAAAUGUUCGAACAUAGACCCCCAGUUAAAGUGGAACCCCUAGAGAUCGAGAAGGAUUGGUGCAGGAAACAGAUCUUCAGCCUCACGCUCAGCACACUGCUGUAUGAUGUCAAUGUGGAGGGAGUCACGCUCAGCGAUCUCGAGAAGAUGUCCCCGCUAGAGACAUGCAAGAUGCUCAUGAAAAUGACGUCGAAGGAGCACUUCGUGGCGGACAUGAAGCAGUUCGUGGUGCCGUUCCUGAAGCGGUACGAGAAGCUGGCGCAGCGGCCCGGCGCCUGCCUCGGCGGCAUCGUCGACUUCCUCGAGAGCGUCAGCGUCGACGACCUCUCCUACAUAUUGCUAAUGCUGCAGGAGUCUGAGCUGGACGUGUGCACGCACAUCGAGCUGGCGGAGCGCUGCCUGUUCGCGCACGCCGGCUCCGACCAGCUCGAGCUGGCCGUCGACCUCCUCAACAACAUCCUCAAGGAGACGGACGGCACGAUCAGCAGCAGCGAGCUGGUGCGGCGCGUGUCCGCGCUGGAGCGGCUGGUGGGCGGGGCGACGCGCGCGGCGUGGCGCGGCGUGCGCGUGCCGCUGCGGGCGCUGCGCGACAUGCUCGCGGACGCGCGCGCCGCGCACCGCCUGCUCUCGCGGCUCGCGCGCACGCUGCCGCUACCAGAUACAAAGCCGACGCCACAAGACUGGGAAUCCCUACUCAAAGAUAUUCUCGAGCUGCAAGAGACGUUGUUUGAUUGCGUCACUAAGGAGCAGUGCUAUGAGAUCUAUGCGUCCGCGCUGCUGGCGUCGGGCGAGGCGGCGAGCGUGCGGCUGGCGGCGGGCGUGGUGUCGUAGCCCCGCGCCCCCCCCGCGCCCUCCUACGACCGCUCCGUCGCACUCGUCAUCGACUCCUCCAAGGAAUACUUCAACUCCGCCUCCUCGCUCACUGACCCCGCUUUGGAACUCGCCAAAUGCUGUCUAACAUUAAUAGAAGACGAUAACGCAGAUAUAAAGAAGGAGUUAGAUCUCAUCAGUGCACUCAGUAUAUUGAGUAGUUUUGGACUCAAAACACUUCCCAUACAAGUCCGUCUCAUCGAAGAUAAAAUGUCGUUGAUAGAGGAGUGCCUCACACUGAACCAGUACGCCUUCCUCGAGUGUGACAAGUUGCUCGAAUUAGCUAAACUGCUCAGAAUUGCCGGAGAUAUAGAGACUGUGCGCGAGGGCAUGGUGCUGCAGCUGGUGGGGCGGCAGGCGCUGCGGGCUGGCGGGGCGGCGGGCGGCGCGGCGUGCGCGGCGGCGGCGCGCCGGCUGGCCGCGCUGCGCUACGAGCCCGCGGCGCCGCUGCUGGCGGAGGCCGCUAAGCAGGCGCACGCGCACGUCGACCUGGAGGCGCGCCGCGCGCUGCUCGCCGCCGCCGCCGCGCACGCCGCGCCCGCGGACCUACAGAAUGUGCUACAUGACCGUUUGAAUCUGGAAAUGGAAAACCUGCAGCAGGGUUGCGCGGCGCUGGCGGAGCAGAUGAAGCUGGCCUCGCGCCGACAGUCCGCUGAUGAAGAGUUCGCUGACGCCGUCACCACUCCAGUCAUUGAAAAGAAAGAUAUCGUGCCUGAAAAAGUUUUAAUAUUCAAUUAUCUACUUGAAACAUUCCGUGAUAAAUUAAAUUUAAGUGACAACAAAGAGUCGUCGAAGGAGGCGACGGAGCGCAGCGUGCACUGCGCGGAGUUCUACCGCUCGCUGCAGCCGGAGCACGCGGCGAGCGGCGCGCAGUACGGCUACGAGCGCUUCUCCGCGCCCGCGCCCGCGCCCGCGCCCGCCGCCUGCCUCGGCCUCGGCCUCGGCCUUACGCUGCUCGCCUGGUACUACUCGCACGACGACCUGCACCGCGACCUGCGCCUCGAGGCUGACGUGUUGGAGAAAGGUGGCGAGGAACUACUAUACAAGGAUACGCAGCUGAGCGUGGCGUGCCUGAUUCGCGCGGCGGGCAACGGGUGGCGGCUGGCGCGCGCGCACCACACGCCCGCCGCCGCCAGCGCCGCGCUCUACGCCACGCUGCUGCGCUGCACGCCGCAGUCUGAGGAUGAAGGAUAUGUGGAUCAGCCUAAACAGAUGGCGCGCAACACAUUGAAGACGAAGAGCGCCACGGAGGAGCAGCUAGCCACCAUCAGGUCGUGUCUGGAGCAGCUGGCGGGCGUGCUGGACGUGCAGCGGAUACGGGACUUCGGUAUUAAUGUUAACGGACUGCUGUUCGGCGCAGAUCCUGACUACAGGCGGGAGAUCAUCUAUAGACUUGCCAAGAGCACAGAAGAGCCGCGGGUGAGUCUGGCGUGCGCGCUGGCGCGGCGACAUGCUCUUGACGAGCUGGAUGUAUGGCUGACACACGCCGUACAAGCAUGCGCUGCCACACGACUGGUCAACCUUAUGCCUACCAACCAGCCCGAUGCACACACACGUAUAAAAGACGCUCUGUGGGAGAGCUACGGCGGCACGGAGCACGGCGAGCUGGUGGCGGUUCUGACGCUGCUGCAGCGCGUGGACGAGCGCCCGUAUAUUCACGGCCUCACCGCACCCGAACACAUCAAGCUGCUUAAAAAAGCCAAAUCUGCAUGCCCAGAUCUGGACUACAAGCUGGUGCUGAGUGCGCAGAGUGCGCAGAGUGCGCAGGAGCUGUCGGCGCACCUGGUGGCCAUCCUGCGACCCGAGAACGUGGGCAUGGUGGGCAAGUUCCUGCGCACCCUGCCCGCCCCACUCAGGCUGCCCUUCUCCGUCAACUCGCUCUACACCACCUGGCUCACUAAACACUUCUUUACCGUUGGCGCGAACGCGAGCAACAAGAAGUGGAUGCAGCAGUACCGGCAGUGCGCCAGCUACUUCAACAAGCUAACCAAGGAGGACCUGCUGCAAUUCCUCGACGACACCUGCUUCAGCGCUGACGCCGUGCAGCGCGUACCAGCAGGAACCAGGAACUUGAUGUUAAUGCAAGCGGUGGAGUACUGCCAGCAGGAGCAGGAAAACAAGUUUAAUAAAAACGAGCAGUCGUGGGGGCAGGUGGGGGAGGAGGUGACGCGGUGGGCGCGCUUCCUGGACAACUACCACUCCGCCGCCGUGCAGGCGCUCAGGAACAACUCCGACAUUCCAGCGGAACAAGGCUGGAUCGAGCUGGAGCGCAGCCACGGGGCGGCGGCGCGCGCGCUGCCGGCGCUGAGCGCGCUGGCGCUGGGCGGGCUGCGGCCGGCCGCGCUCGCCUCGCUGCUGCACUGCCUGCACCUGCCGCUGCCGCCGCACGCGCUCUUCACGCACAUGCUCGCACACAACGCCCACGAUAUACAAUCAAUAGAGUUGGUGGCGAGCCGCGUGUGCCAGUACCACAAGGAGGGGGUGAAGUUCCCGGAGGAGGUGGUGUGUGCGCUGGUGGCGCGCGCGGAGGCGCUGCAGCUGCCGGCGCACCGCCAGCUCGGCCUGCUGGCGCUGGGCCGCCGCGCGCGCGCGCCGCGCCUGCACCACCUCGCGCACUCCACCGCCGCCCUCCUGCGCAGCGAGUGGCCGCACCUCGACUACGCACACCACCUCACAGAUGAACAACUACUGACUGAGGAGGGUCGUCGCGAGGUGUUCAGCAAGUUCAUGUCGCUGUCGGACACGUGGCAGAAGAAGAAGGCGCUCGUCGAUGUCCUCAAUUGUUGGCCGCCCACCAAGGAACCAGACGGCAGGAGCCUGCACUGCGAGUACGUGCACGCGCUGCUUUGGUCCGCGGAGCAGAGCGAGGCACUCGUCCUCAUCAAGCUGCUACUCCGGGAGCCAACACUGGACGAACAGGAGGUGCAGUGGUUGUGUGAGAGUGCUCCGGAAAGUGGUGCGCUUUGCGGCGUGUGGCUCGCGCUGCUGAACCGUUGCGACCUCACACCGCGCCUCGUGCUGCUACUGCUGGAGCGCCAUAAGGAAUGGAUACAGAAACAAGAAAUAGAAGAGGAACUCAUUAAAGACUUGCUCGACAAUGAUAUGUUCAUCCCGCUCGUACCCACAGUACUGUAUUCGCACACCAUAAACUACAUUAUCAACAAGGACGUAGGUAAAGACGAAUUCAACAAGUACACAGUCAGUUGGGCGGUAGAUCAGCUGAAAAAAGCUAAUUAUAUUGCCGAAGCCGGACAGCUGCAGCUAUUGCACAUCGGAGUGCCCGCGUCUCUCAGAGGAUUCACACAAUCCGUGCUAUAUUUUAAGAAUAUUCUUAAUCAAUAAAUAUUAAACAUUUUAUAUUCCAUUUCUACUUUACAGUUAAACUGUGUUUUAAGUUAUUAAAUUAUACAUCAAUGUGAAAAA